GUAUCAAAGAUAGUAUCUUUGGUUGUAUUGGGUUAAUUUGUUAUCCACGUUGUUGGGACCGGUCGCUCUGAGCUGGAGGUGACUGAAUCGUUUCUGGGGUGUGCUACCGGUUUUCUGUGCCCUGGGCGAAUUAUUCAGGGUGGGGUGGAGAGGGGCAGAGGGAGACAAAGUGACGGUGGAGCUGUUUCCGACGGGACUUACGUGACAUCAAGAUUAUACUGAAAAGUCAGCAAAAACAACAUCAUUUAGGUUACCACACUACAUCAGUAGGAGUCUUCGUCCUAUCACCACAGCAUCCGCGGCAGCUUCAUCACCAGCAGAAAGACACAUUACCAAACAUAUUAAACAAACAAAUCAUAACGUGAAAGUAGAGCACGAUGUCAGGGAAAGGAAAAGUCGUCGUUUUAACUGUGCUGGUCGUAGGCUUUGUCACAGCGUCUGUCUUUAUCUCCCAAAGUCGCAGUGUUAAAGCCCAGUUAGUGGAGACCGUCAAGGUGAUGAGGAAACAACAGCGGGAGUGGUUUCAAGCGGCAGAUAACCGGCAAGCAGACGUAGCAGACGCAGUGUUCCCGGAAGUUGCGCAUGGGCAAAAUCGGAGACGGCGGCUGGGAGAUCUGUGACGACGUGGAUGUGAGGCCCAGGCACCCCUGCAUCGUCUACUCGUUCGGGAUUAACAACGACUUCAGUUUUGACGACAACACUGCUAAAUAUUACGGGUGUCACGUCUACUCUUUUGACCCCAGCAUGAAACAGGAAUCCCACAACAGGUCCGAUAAGGUCCACUUCUACAAAAUCGGCAUUGCCGGGGAGACGACGGUCAACAAAAGGGGCUGGAAGUUGUACACUUUUUCGGACAUCCGCAAACUCUUGGGUCACGUGAAUGCCACAAUCGACGUGGUGAAGAUAGACGUGGAGGGUGCCGAGUGGAGCAGUUUGAAGCACAUGGUGGCGAGCGGGGAGAUAAAGCACUUUAAGCAGCUGCUCUUAGAAUAUCACGUUGCUACUAUUAAGAGGGACUCCCUCGAGGUAGUUCAGAGUGUGGAGAGUCAAGGUUACAAAAAGUUUUAUACUCAUAAAAAUCCUGCGUGUCCUGUUUGGAUACCAAAGUUCCCAUCAGUUCGCACGAAGUGUUACGAGGUGCAUUACCUAAGAAGACCAUAGAAGUAAAAAUAAAUCCCUACCAACCCCAACCCCAACCCAACCCUACUUAGAAUUCUGUAGACCGGUAUUCUACUCUUACGAGCCUCCAAGGGCUUAGAUUUACAAAUGUGUACAGAAUAUGUGACACGACGCGGUGGAAUCAGGUGCUCGUCUGGUUUGGAGUAUAUGGAGUUAAUAAUCAAUUCUUAAAGCUGAUUUAUUUUAAUUUGUUAUAAUGAAAAAAGUACCCCUCUAUCUUUAUAAGAAGUCGAGAUAUUUGAGAAUGAGGGAGAUGGAGAGUCGCAUUAUGUCCUAGAUAAAAGUCGAGUGAAAAUAACAGCCCAAAAUUAGUGACUUCUAAAUCUUGAGUGUCUUUAGAAACUGCAAAGUUAAAUUUUUUUGUUGCCUGCCAUCAACUUUUUUUUUCUCCAGUAAAACCCACACAUAAGUGUAUUUUUCAAUAAGACUAAAAGGUACUGAGCCAGAAAUACACAAAGUCUAUACAAUUUGCCUAACUGUAGGGGAAAAAAUGUCGGUCUCUUCGAUUCCCUUAUUUUGACGAGAGCCUGAUUUCACCACGAUGAAACACAUGAUUUAUUGCAGAUAAACAAAAGCUCAGUAAAUUUCUCUUUUUUUUUUUAUCUCUCUAUUGGUAUAAAAGUCAGUAAUGAAUAUUCUAGACUCUUCCGUUGGUGACACAGACUAACAAAAUUCAACUUUUUUCUGCCACCGGGAAUAAUAAUAUACUGUUUAGGUCUGAACGAGCACGUCAAGUCAUAUGGUAUUUAAAAGGACCGUUUUUCCUUAUUGAACACUCAAAAUAGGAAUGGCAAUGAGAAGACAAGUAAAACACUGAUCAUUUUCAUUGUUAUGCUAGAAAUUUCGUCGCCUAUCACACGAAAGCGCGUAUUCCAGAUGUUGGCAGUUUUGAGUUGUUACUACUAGUAGAUAGCGCUGCCUCAGAUCUAUGUUCACACGAAACGGCGUAUCCAUAGCUUUAAAAUAGCAGCACUAGCAGUAAAAAAAAUUGGCGUACGCUAACACUCAGCCACAUAGAGAGAAAAAGGUUCAAUCACAUGUUGUAUAACAUUAAUUCCCAACGAGCCUGGGUUAAACUUGCCUUUUUAUCUGCUGUCCAUCCCAUUAUUAGUAUCUUUGUGAAUACUUUUGGCUGGUGAUGUGGUGUGGUUUGCUCCUUCUUUCCUGUUAAAAAAUCUCUCUUCCGGCUCUCUCCUCCUCCUUUUUUUUGGG